AUGACGACCUCAAACUCAACGAAGGCGAAGUUCGACCCCAACUUCACCCAGCACUGCAUUGACAUCAUUGGGCCCAAGGCAACUCCACGGACGAGGGAGGUCAUGUCCGCGCUCUUCAGGCACAUCCAUGAUUUUGCCCGAGAAGUCGAACUCACAGUGGAUGAGUGGAUGAUGGGAGUAGAAUUCCUGAAUGAGACCGGACACAUCCACUUCCAGGAUCCCAAGAGGAACGAGAUGCACCGGCUUUCGGAUGUUAUCGGCCUCGAAUCGCUAGUAGACGAGAUUGCCCACAAGCAUGCCCUCGAGACAGACGAGAUCCCCACCUCGUCCUCCAUAUUGGGUCCGUUUUGGAGCCCUAACGCGCCUUGGCGGGAGCGAGGCGGCUCAAUAAUACAAGACCCCCAUAACGGACAGGUAACCCUCAUGCACGGGCGGGUGGUAGACAUCAUUACAAAGGAGGGGAUUCCCAACGCCGUCGUCGACAUCUGGCAAGCUUCCUCGAACGGGAAAUACGAUUUCCAGGACCCCGAGGGUCAGACCGACAACAACCUCAGGGGAAAGUUCCGGACCGACGACAAGGGGUAUUAUCACUUUUACUGCUUGAAGCCGACUAGCUACUCGCUCCCCACCGAUGGCACCGCAGGCGUGCUCCUCAAGGCACUCGACCGACAUCCCAUGCGCCCCGCUCAUAUCCACUUGAUGAUCUCCGCCGACGACUACAAGCCCUGCACAACACAGAUCUUCCCCAAGGAUGACCCGUGGCUAGAGACCGACACAGUCAUGGCGGUUAAGGACGAUCUUGUUGUGGAUUUCAAGCCCCUGGAGGGAGACAAGGAGGCGACCUUGGAUCUGGAAUACAACAUCCUACUGGCACCGAAAGGCAACCCGUCAGCGCGUCUGUAA